GGCGGGGCCCCGGGGCGCCCGGCGCGCUUCUGCGGCAGCGCCGGCGGGGGCGGCGGUGAGCCGAAGAAGCCGCCCCCCAAGGGGUUCGAGAGGUUCUACAACGCCGCAAGGAGGGCAAGGGCAAGCCGGAGGGCGAGGCUGCCGCCAAGGAGCAGCGCGGCGGCCCCGCCGAGACCCCGGGCAAGGCGGAGGGCCCGGCCGGCAAGGAGAAGCCCGCGGGGAAGGGCCCCUCCUCCUCCUCAUCCUCGUCCGCGUCCUCUUCGUCCAGCAGCAGCGGCGGCGGCUCGUCGUCGCAGCCGCCGAACCAGCUCAGCCGGCAGUCCAUGGCCGUGCUGGGGGCCGGGGUCGCCUUCGCGGCAGUGUACGCCUACGGCGGCCAGGACGGGCCGGCCAUCCUUGCAGGAGCUGAUCAGGGAGUACCUGAUGAAGGGGUACGUGGACCGAACGGAUUCAGAUAGUCAACAAGUCGUACGCCAAGGUGCAGCUGAGGGCCGACGCCCCCGGGGCCAGCGCGUCGGGCAGCCCGAGGAUGGGAGAGGGACGCUCAGCAUCCAGUUGGGCACGCCGGAGACGUUCGAGGCGAAGAUCGAGGGGAUGCAGAACGAGCUGGGGCUGUCGCCCGUGGACCACGUGCCCAUCCAGUACGUCAGCGAGACGGACCUCGUUCAGGAUCUCCUGCCGCAUUUGUCCUCGCUGCUGUUCCUCAUCCCGAUGCUCCUUGUAGCGCGGGCCAUGAGCGGGGGCAUGGGCGGCCCUGGUGGCAUUGGCGGCGGAGGACCAGGAGGCAGAAAUAUAUUCAGCAUCGGCAAGGCGUUCCCGUCCGGGCAGAAGGACGUGAAGUCCAAGGUGAAGUUUCACGACGUCGCUGGCCUGGAACAAGCCAAGAAGGAUUCGGUGGUCGAAUUCGUCGAUUUCCUGAAGGAGCCCGCGAAGUACGAGAAGUUGGGCGCUCGCGUGCCAAAGGGCGGCCUGCUAGUGGGCCCUCCAGGGACGGGGAAGACGCUGCUCGCGAAGGCAGUUGCUGGCGAGGCGGAUUGCCCCUUCUACUCCAUGAGCGGUUCCGAUUUCAUAGAGAUGUUCGUCGGGGUGGGGCCGUCGCGCGUGCGCGACCUGUUCCAGCAGGCGCGCGCCAGCGCGCCGUCCAUCAUCUUCAUCGACGAGAUCGACGCCGUCGGCCGCAAGCGCGGCAAGGGCGGCUUCAGCGGCGGCAACGACGAGCGCGAAAACACGUUGAACCAGAUGCUCGUCGAGAUGGACGGGUUCUCUUCCGGGACGGGCGUGGUCGUGCUCGCAGGAGGGCACCAACAGGGCAGACAUCCUGGACCCAGCCUUGCUGCGGCCAGGGCGCUUCGACCGCCAGAUCGCCAUCGACAAGCCCGACAUCGGCGAGCGUGA